AUGGAGAACAACCUCAAGGCUGUAUCACUCACUGAUGGUUCACUGAUGCUUAAUUCAUCGGAUAAUUUGAUUUAUGAGAAAGGCAAAUUAGAGUAUCACGGUAUUAAUGUUUCUGAGAAGGUCAAGUUCCCCUCGAGUAUCUCAUCGAUCAUUACUUUACGAAAGACAUUUCCAUUGACAUCAUUGGAGUAG